AUGGCGACACGCGCACGUUCGCCGAGAGGAUUUCCUGAUUCUACUUCGAUAAACCUAAAUAGGCUGCUUUCGAGGUUAGAGAAUAUAGUGCUAGCGGAGCCAUCGCCUCAACUGCGAAAGUCGAGCUACGAACGGGCGCGAGUGAGUGCUAACAUCGAACACGCGCGCACACUGCUCCUCAACCUCGAACACUCUGCCUCCUCGAUACCCUCCAAAUCCAAAAAGACCGCAAUCCAGACGGACUUACAGCAAAAGCGUGAGCUCAUCAAGCAGCUUAAUCAGCGGAUAUAUGAGCUCAAUCAGCUUGAUGAUACAGAGUCUGAAGCAUCUGUGCAAUCAGACGAAGACGAAGACCAAUUUCCGUCCUAUGCACCUCGGGUGAAGGUAGAUGCCGGAAGAGAUGUCACCUCGUCAGAAGGACAACGCAAUGAGGCACUUCACAACGCAGCGCAAAAUCUUGCAUCAGAACUGAGGCGGCGGGGUAAAGCGGACGAUAGCGAAGGAGCACAGGCGGCAUCGGGAAACUCGUUAUUUCCUUCGAAGCCUACCACAACGACCGGCGAUGUUGAUCGAGCAAAUACUGACGCUUUACUGUCGCAUGACCGCGGCGAACAAGAGACACUCACAGCAAGCCUUUUGGAUAUGGCAAGGCAACUCAAGCAACAGUCGAUACAAUUUGGUAGCACAUUGGAGGGGGACAAAGGCAUACUUGAUCGAGCACUAUCUGGGCUGGACAAGAACACUAUCAAUAUGGAUGCUGCAAGUAAGCGUAUGGGCACUCUGCGACGGAUGACAGAGGGCAAGGGCUGGUGGGAUCGCGUAAAGCUCUAUGGUAUGAUUGCAGGGCUCUGGCUGAUCGCCUUUCUGAUCGUCUUCGUGGGUCCCAAAAUUCGCUUCUAG